AAAAAGCUCCAUUCAACAACAGAGAAACAGCAGCGGUAGCAGCAGCAACAAAUAAUAAAAACUUUACAAAAGACGAAAAUACCGAACAAUUUGUGAAUACUUGUUGAUAAUUAAGGGACAAAAGUGAUACAUACAAGUUUUAAUUAUUUAUUUCCAACAUCCGUCCGUCCGUCUGUCUGUUUUUCGUCUGGUUGCUGCUGCUUGGCUGGCUGGGCUGACUUUUUGGCGUAGUCAUUUUAUUUGUUUGGCGAGAAAGAAAAAACGAAAUAACCAAUGACGACGAUUCGUAAAAAAUUGGUUAUUGUCGGCGAUGGUGCCUGCGGUAAGACAUGUCUGCUGAUUGUCUUCAGCAAAGAUCAGUUCCCUGAAGUAUAUGUGCCCACUGUUUUUGAGAACUAUGUGGCUGACAUUGAAGUAGAUGGCAAACAGGUUGAAUUGGCCUUAUGGGAUACAGCUGGUCAAGAAGAUUACGACAGACUUCGACCACUCAGUUAUCCAGAUACAGAUGUUAUAUUAAUGUGUUUCUCAGUGGAUUCACCGGAUUCAUUAGAGAAUAUUCCUGAAAAAUGGACCCCAGAGGUCAAGCAUUUUUGUCCAAAUGUCCCCAUCAUUUUGGUGGGUAACAAAAAAGAUUUGCGAAAUGAUCCCAAUACAAUUCGGGAUCUUUCAAAAAUGAAGCAGGAACCAGUCAAGCCACAAGAGGGCCGUGCUAUGGCUGAAAAAAUUAAUGCCUUUGCUUAUUUGGAAUGCUCGGCCAAGUCCAAGGAGGGUGUACGAGAGGUCUUCGAAACAGCCACUAGAGCUGCAUUGCAAGUUAAAAAGAGGAAGAGGACCAAAUGCCAUUUGCUCUAAAAGAGUUCAGCUAAUCUACAACAACAACAACAACAGCAAGCAAACCACAAAAACAAAACAAAACAAAACUACAACAGCAACCAUAUUUUUAAAGCAAAAAAUCAGCAACAACAACAAAAACAUACAAUUUUACUUCUACAACCAAACAGCAACAACAAUAAAAAUUAUACACACAAAACUACAAGAAAACAGCACAUUUUUACUACAACAACAACUACAAAACUGAAGAAAGCAACAAAUUGAUUGAACAAAAACAAAAAGUUAUCCAAAAACACACCCACACACACACACACACACACACACACACACACACACACAAGGUUUUAUACGUUCCACCCCAAGAAAAUAAAAACAAAACAAACAACAUCAACAAUUCGCGCUAAAAAGGAAGUAAUCUUAUUUUUUCUCUCCCAAAAAUUUUUAAAACAACAAAAAAAAAAACACAAAAUCAACUAAAAAAGAAGAGGAAGAAACAAAAAAAAAACGUUAAUUUUUUUUUUGUUUUUUUUUUACGUUAAUGUUUUCGUAAAUAUUUUAUAUAUAGUACAUAUAAUAAUUUUUGGAAUUUACCUUUACCAUGUGGUUUAUAUACUUUUGCUUUUAUUUAAACACAAGAAAUGUUUUCAAAUUUUAAUUUUAAGAUUUAACAACAAAAAAGGGGGUUAUACAUAUACAUACAAUAUAUAAAUAUUCAGCAACAAAUAGAAUUUAUACAUUUAUUUAAAACAAAACAAAGAAACAAUAAACAUUAUUUCUCUCUCUCUCUCUCGAGAACCCAUAUGCAACCAGUCCAACAACCAA